GGGGCGGGGGGGGAGGCGUCCCUGGGCAUGCGCCAUUAGACCAGCUCCCACUAAACCAAGUCCUGCCCACGCCCGAACGAAGGCCUUUCUUCCUCGGCCACUCGCAGAGGGAGGUAGUGGGGAAGGCUUCUCAGAAGGAGGCUGCUUUUUAGCAGGCGCCAGCCAUGCAUCUUUAGGUGGGGCUCAGCGCCUUUCAGAAGCAACCUCCUUCAAGUUAUUCUCCCCUCCUCUACCCACUCGUGCGCGCCGCCAGCUUCCUCUGGCGCGCAGGUGUGCGCCGUGGAGGGCCGGAACUAUAAGCUCACGCUGGUGCCCGCGGAGGCGGCGCUGCAGCGUGAGGACCUCACCAAGCCAAAGGGCGAGAAAUACGACGACUUCACGUUCGACCUGAGCGCGCUGGAGCACGACCUGGAGCAGACCAGGAAGAAGCAGGGGGUGGGCAAGACGGUCGAGGCGGUGAAGAUGGAGGACAUCCCAUCGCUUGCAGACCUCAUCAACAAGGGCAAGAACAAGAAGAUGAAGCAGCGGCAGGACAAGCUGUGCCGGCGGCUCGAGUUCUUCCUGUUCGUCAUUCAGACGAUCGUGUUCUACUUGACAAUCAGCCCUGACUCCCGGCAGACCAUUUUGAACCGGUACGUGAUCGAAGGUAGCACCACGGUUCUCGAACGGUUCGUACCCGCGGAGCGCAGCACUGUCGGGGCGGCGGCCUUCAUGAACGUGACGCAGCACAUAGAGUACAGCGCUUGGCUGAAAGGACCGCUGCGGCGCGGUCUGUACGAAAAUACGCUGAGAGACCUGAACGUCCACCCGCUCGCGGCGAGCGCCUGGGCAUUCAAGCCAGAGGAGUCCGACCUGUCCGACCUGAGCUUCUGCCCAGAGGCGCCCGCGGCCUCAACCUGCAACCUGAGCGAAGCCGCCCCGGAGCCGCCGACGAACGACAGCAGCCAGCAGUGCUAUGACGGAGGGUUGCGACGUUGCAAGAACAGGAGGGUGGUGCAGGUGUUCAGCGACGCCGCCAGGGACUGCCACAGCGUGCCAGCGUGCCGGCCACAGAGCAAGAAGAGCGACCUGAGGAGCAUCGGGUACAGCGCGGUCCUGCCACGGUGGUCCAUGAUCGACGGGAAGGUUAACUCUUACAGCGACGGGAUCGCCACGCGGUUCAACUUGUCAGAUCCCAGCGAUUUCGAUAACGCCAUACCUUCCAUGGAGGACUGGCGGUAUGGAGACGUCGUCCUCGUCGCCCAGAUGAUUCUGGUUUUCGUCUAUUCCCCCACCACGAAUUCUGUCUAUGCCUUCCAGCUGCUGGCGGAGGAGACCCUGUCAGGAAGCAUCGUCACUAGCCGCGUCAGCUCCGUGGUAUCGUUCGUUCCAGACGAUGCGUGGAUGUACUUCUUUCACAUCAUGGUGUUUCUCACCAGCUGCACGACGCUGCUGCUCGAGCUGCGCAGAGUGUUCGCUUGGCCGAGAUUUACUUUCGUGGUGACCUCGCUGGAUGAUGACGAUCCGGAGCUGAGGGGCCUGACCCCAGAAAAGAGAGAUGAGAAGAAGGCAGAGCACAUGAAGAAGGAGAUCGACGAGCAACGAGAGCACGGCUCGGUAUGCACGCUGAUUGUGUUCUUGCUGUUGCCCCUUGUGCAGCUUGCGGUCUUCAUCAUGUUCUGCCUGAGGAACUCUGUGGACGCAGACGACAUGGUGACCGUCAGCGACAAGCAGAUAAGCGCAGAUGUGGAGGACGAGCUCUUCCGCCGCUACCGGCUUCAAUAUUUCGAGGAGGGCCUUCAGCUGCUUUUGCUCUUUGCCGUCAAUGCGCUAUACUGGCGGUACCUGCUGAUGUUUUUCCCGGAGCUUCAGUCAACCAGCAACAUGGCCGCCCAGUUGGCGCGGCCUCUGGGGUACGCCUUGCUGGCCCUGCUCCUCGUGUUCUUGGCAUUGUCAUCGUUCACGUUCGCAGUCUACAGCACCAAGUUCUUCGGGUGGCAUGCUCCGAUCCCGACCCUGCUCAGAGCGGUCGCGAUCGCGCAGGGUGAUUCGCCAGGCUAUGAUCUGUACAAGCUGAGCCCAGCAGCGUUCACCAUACUCAUUCUCGGGGUGUUUGUGGUUGUCACGAUGAUUAUGAACAACAUUGCACUUGCAAUCAUGGUCGCUGGCUCGAAAGCGACAGGGACCUCAAACAGACAGGGAUGGAAAUUUGCAUCAGCAGCGGGCAGAGGAGAGAGGUCUCGUAUUCGAAGGAGAGGGACCUCCGCAAGAACUACCAGUACCACAAGCAGUGGCAGCAGCACUCCUGGCAGAGCAAGAAGCAAGCUGGAGCCGACGGACAGGGCAGCAGUUUCAACCCCGCGACGGCUGGCCUGCAGUUCUGGGUUGAGCUUGACGACAAGAAAAGGGAGAGGUCCAGAUUCAAGAAGAAGGACGUGUCUACCUGACGACUGUUCUGGCAUGUCCUCCCGACAUGAAUGCCCCGUCUCUUCUUCCUCACUCCUUCCUCCUUGAGCUGAAAGCCAGCUGCGCGUUUCACCCGCUGCUCGGCGCGGGACACACCGUACCGCUGUGGCAUGCCGCUUCCCCCUUGACCGGGGCCAGCCUUCCGGCUGAACGUAUUGCAAGCGAGUCGAGCCUUUCCUUCCUCCCUCCCUCCUCCCUCCUCCUUCGCCUCCUCCUCGCCUCCU